GGUGAUGGAAUUGUAUUUGACAUGUCGGUGCAAAUUAGUGCUUUUCCGAAGAGCCUCGGUGAUUGGAGCGUGUCAUCUCACGGCACGCGUACUGCGGACGCGUCAAAGGAUCCCCCCUCCCGUGCUUUCCCUCUGUUGCCUCCUCCCGGCUAUACAACCUUAACCCCUCGGCAUGACGCUGCAGAGUACUCCAACAGCGCGAAGUGACCGCACCGAGAGGGCCCGUGAACUGAAGAAGCACGCCGAGGGAUUUCCACAUCCUUUGUAGUUGGCAAGGUUACCGCAAAUCGUCUUCUUACGCUUUACAAGGACGCAGUACAGCUUAUUAAAGGGCUUGGGCGACAGGUCUGAAGACAAUUCAGCAGCUGCGCGGCUGGCCAUCGUCGCGGCCCACGGUCCGGCCCGAGAAGCCGAGUUCGCAUCGGCGUGCGCCCGCGAAGACGAUCGCCUGACCGCCACAACGCGCUAUCAACUCUUAACCUAAUUUUGCAAACAACAAUGAUACUGCUGCUUAUUGCGCGGUGUAACGCGCCAAACCCUAGAAAAGCCGCCGAGAAUGUGUCCCUUUAACUGCUUGCUCACCAGAGCUCUGCUCGGCGCUUUCGUUAUACUCAUUGGAGGCCACUCUGCCUGACCCACAGCGCGCCGUGCAGUCGCAACGGUGGAGUUGCGGGCGGCCAGAGGUGUAACGCAUGCCUGCGUUCCCCGGUGCCCGGCAGCACCGGCCAAGGCGGAACCAUCGCCAGCCCCGAUGCACACACUGCUGAGUCCGGAGCCCGGAAGCUGGCCGCUCUUCGAGGCGCUAUGUGCCGGGCAUGCCCUAGAGGCAAGCGUUGACUACGGGAGACACGGCAGCGACAUGGCGAGCCGUUGCCCGAACAUGCGACAAGUGCCUUGCGACGAUGAAACCGUGGGCCCGCAGGAGCCGUGCGAGCUCCUGCCCAAGCUCCGUAGACUCAUGCAAAGUGGAUUCAGCCCCUUGCAUAAAGCUGCUCGCAAUGGGGACGCAAGCCUGGUGGCGGCCCUGCUUGAAAGCCAGGGCUUCCUUCCCCCGGAGGCGGCAGCGGCAGUAGCAUCUAGAGCGUGGGCCGCCGCCCACCGGCAGCAUCGGGCUUCCAGCACCGGCACCGGCAGCAUCAGCACCGGCUGUAGCACCAUCAGCACCAAGCGCACUAGCAGCGGCAGUAGCAGCAGUAGCACGACGGCCACCGCCACCAGCUGUGAUGGUGACGCAGGGCUGCAGCACUUGCUGCUACUGCGACUCAUGAUGCACCCGGACGCCCCUGACGCACGCGGGGGCACACCACUGCACUACGCCUGCCGACGCCGCCGCAUUGAUGCUGCCGCCACCGCGCAGCCGCACCAACGCCAUGCCGGCGACAUGCGGCGGGUGAUUCAGCUGCUGCUGAGUGCGGGCGCACAUGCGGACGCUCGGAACUAUGCUGGCCACACCCCCAGCAUGCUGUUAGUUGGCUGGGCUCCGGGUGGUGGCGGCGCUGCUGGAGACACGGCGGCGGUGCCCGGCUGCCUGGCUGUGCUGCAGCGCUACGGCGCCGACCUGCACGUGCUGGACGAGCAGGGCCGGUCGCUGCUGAUGCGGGCGGCGGCGGCAGGCAACGUGGAGGCGGCCAGGUGGCUGCUGGAGCAGGGUGUGGAUGCCAGGUGCACAGAUGCGCGGGGCGCGGCCGCGUGGCGUUACGCGGGAGCCCUCGAGCACCCCGAGCUCCGGGACAUGCUACUGCGGCGGGCGGCGGCGGCGGCGGCCGAUGCCCCAGCCGCGGCCGCGGACGUGGCAGCGGCUGCUGUCCCACCAGCAGCAGUACCACCAGCAUUACCGCUAGCAGCGGCAGUCAGUGGCGCGGGUGCAUGCGGCGUAGCAGACGUGGCCAGCAGCAGUGCCGCCGCCGUCGCACCCACGGUGCCGGUCUGGAAGCUGCAGCAGCUGCCGCCGCUGCCGCCGGGCUGUCCGGAGCUGGACCCGCGGGGGCUGGUGUGGGGCGGCGUGGUGGGCUGCGGUGACUUCGGGGUGGUGCACGCAGGCAGCUACCGGGGGCAGCCGGUGGCUAUCAAGGUGCUGCGGUGGCACAUGGCAGAGACACACAGCCUGAGGGAGGCUUACACACAGGAGCUGACUGCGCUGGUGCACCUGAUGGGAAGGAGGAGGCAGAGCUGCAGCGGGGCCGGCAGCAAUAACAGGGCAGCAGCCGUGUCAUUAGUGGGGGCAGCACCAGCGGCAGCAGUGGACACACCAGCGGCAGUACCGGCGGCGGCAACACCGCCGCCGGCACGAGCAGGAGCUCUAGAGGGUCUGGCGGCCGCAGCUGCUGCGGACCUUGCCCCGGCGGGCGCGCUCGGUGUUGAGGAAAGCGGGGGCUCUGGGUUUGACACGCGUAGCCGAGCCGCUGGAGCAGGCGGAGGCGGCGGUGCGGGGGCUGCGGAGGACGGUUUCAGCCAGCUGCACGCCCACGUGCUGGACUUCAAAGGGGUGGUCACGCGGCGCGACGGGGCGCAGGCGCUGGUGCUGGGCAGGUGUGUGGCCGCGCUGAGCGAUGCCGAGGUGCUGUCUGCCCUGAGCGCUGCCGACCGGUUCCGUAUCGCCAAGGAGGUGGCGCAGGGCAUGGCAGCCAUACACGAGCUCGGUGUCAUCCACCAGGACCUCAAGACCGCAAACGUGCUGCUUGACGCCGCGGGUGUUGUGAAGGUGGGCGACUUCGGCAUGGCCGUCGUGUGCGCGCCAGCGAGCGGCUGCGCAAGCGGCAGUCGCAGCGGCAGUAGCUCUAGCUCUAGCUCUGGCAGUAGCAGCGCCUCUUCCUGUGGCGGCAGUAGCGGUAGUAGCGGGUGCUGGCAGCAGCAGGUGUUUGCGCCUGGCUCCGAGUACGAGGGCCACCCGCUGUGGUCGGCGCCGGAGCUGGUGCACUGCAGGCCCUUCAGCUGCCAGGCGGACGUGUGGAGCUGGGGCAUCCUGCUGUUCCAGCUGGCCACCUGGUGCGGCGCCGACCCCUUCGCCGGCCUGGACCCGGAUGUGGUGUCGGCGGUGCUGGAGGACCCCCGCUGCCUGGGCCCGCGGCACCUGGGGCCGCACCUGCUGGCCCGCCUGCCGCCUGCGGGCCUGCUGGCCCCCGAGGUGGCGGCGCUCAUCGGGGACUGCCUGCAGCCGGAGCCCAGUGAGCGACCGACCAUGCGGCAGGUGGUGGCGCGGAUGGAGGGCAUGGCGGUCCAGGCCCUGCCGCGGCCGCCGGUGUGAUGGAUGCCUGUGUUGUAUGGCAUUAGAUCGGUUAUGUGUUAAGAGGAAGAUGGGGAGGGUACGGUAUACGUAGCUAGUUAAAUGGCUAGAGCACAGGUGGGAGGGAGUAUGGAAGGGACUAUGCUUUGCAGGCGUUUGGCUGCGGGUGUGUUGUAGGGGUGGGCUGUGGAAGGUACGGCCGCCGUGCCAGCAGACCAGAAGCGGAAGAGCGCAUGUGGGAGUUUGCGCUGCGUUGUGCGUGUCACGGCACUCAUGAAAUCGGAUGCGGCUCGUAUGGAAGCAGGGGCGUGUGUCAAAGGCUUGUAUUCGACAGAAACCUGGAUGAGCGACUGAAGGAAACGAAUGAAGUUGGCAGGAUGAGGUUCGAAUGCUAUGGAAAGGUCGGCUGUAUGAGGCAGGCAGGUUUUUUUGGGGGGGAUGUAGAUACCAGCCCAAACUAAACCGAACGAACCCAAUGCAAAAGUAAAGAGCGCGGCCUAUGCUUUGACAACGGAGUAGUGGCACUCGACUGGAGGGGGAGGUAGCGGGGUUCGGAGCAGGUCAGAGCCAGGUCCGGGCACGCACGUUUUAGUGCCGGUGGCAUGGCGGGGGCGAAGCCGCGGUCGCCUCAUCUUCGUUCCGCACUUAUUUAGCGUGCGGCAUGCGGGACACAUAUGAGGGAUGCGGGCUUGGCCGCGGGACGGAGUGCAUUUAAAC